UGCUUCCUCCCCGCGCCGGGGUCGAUUUUAAUUCUUUAACAUUAAGUUAUCGGAGCGUUGGCUUUUCGAAAUUCCCCAUGUUUGCGGUUCAUGAAGUUGCCGUAUCCAGUCAUGAUGCUUCUGGAUGGGAUCCUUUCUGUGGUGCAUCUGUAAAAAUUGAUAAACCUUUGGCUAAAUGAAUUUCCUUGAAAUUUAUGGUUGAGGUCACAGUUUUCCUUUAAGUAUGGAUUUAAAUGCAACAAUAUCCAAAUCAAUGAAUGCAUCUUUGAUGGCAAGCCCAAGUAGCAAAACACAGAAGGAUAAGCGUAUUUCUACAAAACCAGACACCACAGUGCUUGUUGCUGUAGCUUUGCAAGAUCACAUUAUUAGGAAUCUGCAGCUCCAAAAUCCUACAUUGUCUGAUACCUUUAAAACAAAAGAACGGACUAAAAUGAAUUGUUACAGGCCUGUAGACAGAAACACUGUGAAGCCUGUAGUGGAUACAGGGAUGAAAAAAAAUGAAAAACUGAAAAUAAAAGAAGAUGAGGAAAAAGAGUACGUUCUGGAUCCAAAACCCUUGGGCCUUACUUUAGCUCAGAAAAUGGGUCUAGUCGAGGCACCUGAUGCACCUUUGACAGCUAAUGAGUGGCAAUUAGUAAAGAAGAGAUCAGUACAACAGGGAGAUUCAGCACAGCCUUGUGCUAUAUGCAGAGAAGAAUUUGGGAUACAACAACAAGUUCUGCUGUCUUGCUCACAUGUUUUUCACAGGAUUUGUCUGCAAGCCUUUGAAAAGUUCUCUAAGAGAAAAAGUUGCCCCAUGUGUAGGAAAGAACAAUACCAGACCAGGGUAAUUCAUGAUGGAGCUCGCCUAUACAGAAUGAAAUGUGCGACAAGAAUUCAGAGUCACUGGCGUGGAUAUAUUGUUCGUAAAUGGUACAAGCAACUGAGGCGAUCUGUGCCUCCAAAAGACAAGAAAUUACGAAAGAGAUUCUAUGAAGACAAGUUGCAAGAGAUUAAUGACAGGUUAGUGAGAUCAUGCAAUGUGAAUAUCGAUGAACUUUUUUCUGAAAUUGACCACUCAGUGGCUACAAGCAGAAGAGUUCUCCAGCAGUUUGAGGGGCAAUGUGUUCACACCAUAUCUGAAGAGGAAUGGGAGCAAAUACAGCUUAAGGCAAUCCAGAGAGAGAUAUUUGAUUGUCCAAUUUGUAUCACCCCUUUGGAGCACGUAAGCAACAUAAUGUGCCAAGCUGAAGGACCUGGCAGGAGAGAGAAAAGUGGUUCACUUGUACGGCAAACAGUGCUGCUGUCUUGUUCACACACCUUUCACUACACUUGCUUGAAGGCCUUUGAGGACUUUUCAGAGGGAGAGGAUCACAUUUGCCCAUUAUGCAGGUCAACCUAUGAAAAAAGGAUUUUGAGUGAUAAACUGUAAAUCUCCACUCUGUUCUGAAAAAAAAACAUGUUUCCUUUCAUGUAGACAAAAUUUGAAAUUAUUUACUUCAUUGGGGAUUUUUAAAAAAAAAUUUGUAAUUUUCAUCCCUGUUCAUUUAAGUUCUCCAAUAAAGAUUGUGUGUCAAAUCAUUUUUGAGAUGAUCCCAAUUCCUCUUGGAUCUCCCUCCUAAAAGUAAAUUUUGUCAAUUUUUGUACUUCUAUUAUUUCAUAAUUUAGGGAAAAAGUUAUCUUUUACCACAAUGAACUCCAUAUAUGUUCCAGGUCUUCAAUGUUCUUUAUCAAUUAUGUUCCAUAGUGAACUUAAAACUCUUGACUGAUUUGACUGCUUCAUAUUAAAUGUUUAUUCUGCUUGCCAUUGCAACAUACAAACA